AUGUCGGUCCUGCUCGCUUCGCUGUGCGCAGUGCUGGCGCUGGUUGGGGCCGCAGCACAAGCCGUUAUUCCACAUGUUGACGAUUGUGCACUGUGCUUUCACUGCACGGCUGAUGCAAAGCCCCCGCCCGUUCUACCAUCGGACAUGAUAGCUGCGAACUUCCAGCCCCAAAACGUUACGCACAAGCAGACGCUUCCGGGUAGCCACGGUCAGAAGAAGCUCUUCAACACCUGGUUCCGUGACGAGACACGCAACAAGAAGGCCAUUGUGAAGGUGGCGUGCAUCCCCGUCGGGAAACACGCACGACACAAGUUCGCGCAGUGCUAUCCGGAUUUGGCGCUGAAAUACGCCAAGAUCUAUUUGGCCAUUGAGAAGCUGUCGGAGGAGUGCGGACUGACAGAUAUCGUACCCAAGGUUUGGGUGGACUGGGUGAAUGCGGUCAUUCCGGAAGUGGGCUACCACAUCCGGUGGUUGGGUUUGUGGAUGGAGAUGGUGGACGGCAUCAGCCUGGAGAACCUGGUCCGCCUGGGUAACCCGAUGAUGCAUCCGGACGACCUACUGGACAUCCUGCACAACAAAGUCAACCAUAAGCAAACAAUCCUUGCGGCCAUCUUUGACCUGCUUACCAGUCAAAACGACCGCCACGCCCAGAACAUCUUCAUUGACAAUGACGGCACCAUGAGGCUGAUUGACAACGAGCGUGCCUUUUACGAGAACCGCAUUUUGGCAGCGGACUCCAUUUUGUUACCCACCACCAAGAAGUACACCAUCAACGUGAUGGAGAACGCCUGGAUCCACAAAUUCCCCAACUGGGGUACUAAGGUCCCCAUGUGUUGGGCCAACGUGGCGCUUCUGUUCGACUACCGGUGCUAUGUGCCCGGGGGGCAGAUGGGCAAGAACCUGCCAGCGCAGGUGGGUCAGUGUGUAGCUCGCAUCAGUUCCCUGAACCCGGAGAAGGUGAUGCAAGAGUACGGACUGCCCGCAAUACACAUGGCGGAGGCGUUGUACAACAGAUCCAAAGCCAUGCACGAGCAGGGCUUCGAGUACGCCUUGACCCAAGGUUUCCCGCGCAAUCCCAACCCCUGGCGCUACAAGUUCACCCCUCCCUGCUGCAAGAUUACCCACACGGACACGUACCGUUGCGCACACAACUGGAGCCCCGACACCGCCAUUCCCUUCGGGGACCCCAUCACGGGGGGGCCCUGGAAGCAUGAUCGGCCUGACCCCGGGACGUACGAAGGCGGCACGGUGUUUUGA